AUGACCAAACGUAAUCCUAUUGUUGAGUACGACGAUUUGAAUUCGGAAUUCGAUUAUGGAAGUGAAAUUGAACGCGAGAAGAAGAAAGCCAGAAAGUUGGGCAAAGAUAACGAUCUAGGCGGAUUUCGAAAGUCGGACGCUUUCGUCGGAUCAGCGGACAGAUCACGGUCGAGAGCUGCGUUCGACGAAGCGCAUGCUCAGAUUGAGAGGCAAAAGCGUCGUUUGAUGACGUUGGACGUCUAUUCAAGACAUAAAGAACUGAUCAACAAUUAUUUUUUGUAUUAUCCGGGUGCUACGAAACGUUUACAGCGCGACUGCAGCAACGACAGAACUGAUUUUGACGUGUUGAAAGAAAGGUACAGAUUUUUGUGGGACGAACAAGAGCUGAACGACGCAGCAAACCGUUCGUGGGAGUUCAAAUUGGCGAAGCGUUAUUAUGAUAAAUUGUUCAAAGAGUACUGUAUUGCCGAUUUAACGUUCUACAAGAAAAAUAAGAUUGCAAUGCGAUGGCGAGUUGAAAAAGAGGUGAAAAGCGGUAAAGGACAAUUCGAGUGUGGUAAUAAACAUUGCCCGAAUCGAGAAAGUCUCUGCAGUUGGGAGGUGAACUUUGGUUAUGUUGAAGACGGGCAAAAGAAAAAUGCUUUGGUAAAAUUACGUCUGUGCCCUGAGUGUUCUGCAAAAUUGAAUUACCACAGCCAGAAAAAGCGAGUGGAAAAGAAAAGCAAAAAACCGAACAGACGAGAAAAAUUGCGUGAAGGAUCUCUAUCAACAACCGGCGAACCAUCUGCUUUACCAUCAUGUUCGCAAUCAGAACUGCGGAAGUCCCGGAAAAAUUCAAAGUCCGGCGAGAAUGAUGGCAGUGGAAAUAUGGUUGAAGAAACGUCUGAAGAAGGCAAACAGUUGGAUGGUGAGGAUGGAAACGGGCAAAGUGAUUCGCAGCACUCCACUAAAACAUCAGAUGAAAAAGCAAAAGAAGACGCGAAAAAGUUGUUAGAGAUCUGGAAGAAACCCGGAGAUGCGACGGCAAUAUUAGAUGAGAAACGAGCAGAAGAAGAAGAUUUGGAUGCGUUUCUGGAUGAGAUGUUCAUGUGA